AUGGGGGCUAGUGGGGCGUCAGGUGGGAUUCUAAUUAUGUGGGAUAGGAGGGUUGUGGAGAAGGUGGAUGAUUGCGUGGGACAAUAUACGUUAGUUGUUUCGUUGCGUAACAUUGAUGAUAAUUUUUUGUGGGCCUUUGGGAGUGUGUAUGGGCCUAAUGAUGAUGGGGAGAGGAGGGUGUUGUGGAAUGAGAUGGCUGGAUUGAUGAGUUGGUGGGAUAGGCCGUGGUGUUUUGGGGGAGAUUUCAAUGUGGUGCGGUUUCCAAGUGAGCGUUCCGGUGCUGGUGGUUUUUCUACUGCUAUGGAAGAGUUCUCAGAGUUCAUUCAUGGGCAAAGUUUGGUGGAUAUUCCUCUCCAGGGAGGGCAAUUCACUUGGUCCAAUAAUCAGGUAUGGUCUAAAAUUGAUAGAUUCCUUUUAUCUCCGGAAUGGGAAGAACAUUACCCUAAUGUGUCACAAAGUCGUUUGCCUAGACUUUUAUCGGAUCAUUUUCCUUUGAUGUUCGAUUGUGGAGCGCAAAGAGAAGGGAAAGGAUACUUCAAAUUUGAAAACAUGUGGCUCAAAUCCAAUGGCUUUGUAGAUCUUGUGCAACGUUGGUGGGAGUCUUAUGUUUUUCAAGGUCUGCCAAGUUUUGUGAUGGCUAACAAGUUGAAAGCUUUAAAGGUGGAUUUGAAGAAAUGGAAUGCGGAGGUUUUCGGGGAUGUGGGGAAGAAGAAGAAGGAAUUAUUGGAAGGUAUUAACGAGCUGGAGUGUUUUGAAGAAGCUCGGGGGCUAGUGGAGGAGGAGCGGGUUCAGAAGUCAGACAUGAUCAGGGAGCUGGAAAAAACUCUCUUGUGUGAGGAGGUUAAUUGGAGGCAAAAAUCUCGGGCUCUGUGGCUUAAGGAAGGGGAUAAUAAUACUAAAUUCUUUCACAGGGUGGCUAAUUCACAUCGGAGGUUCAACCAUGUGGGAGUCUUAAGGAUCAAUGUUGCUUUGUCUUCGGAUCCGGUGGAAAUUAAGGAUCAUAUUGUGAAUUAUUAUGACUCAUAG